UUGUUUUUCAUCGUCACGCUUGCAGGUAAUACGGGAAUCUCACAGAUCGACUCGGUGCAGCAGAGCUCUACAUAUGCGCCCAAAUUCCCAGAGCCAAGUCAAUUCCCGAUCCCACAACAACAAUUAUUUGAUUAUCAAAAAGAAGAAAAGGUAAUUCUUCAGCCGUCUUCGGCAAUCCAGCAGCAAACAACAACUGCGGGUGGUGUGUCGUCGAGUUAUACGACUUCUACAAGUCAACAGUCGUUCCCGUCUCCGAUUACUUUAUCACAAACGCAGACAGCGCCGUUGGUGUCAACGACAUCAACUGCUGGUGGUGUGAAUGUGCAUCCGAGCAGUGCAGCACCACCAUCAUCAGUAUCGAAUAUGCCCCCAAUGCCUUCGGCUGGAACUCCUCCGGUUUCAAGCUCGCAACCGAUUUCAUCUCAACCGACAAACACGCAACAACAACAUCAACAAAAUGGCAGUGCUGGGGCAGUCGCACAAGUGAGUGUUGUAUUGAUUUUGAAUUUUUAA